CUGCACAUUGAACUCUGCACUUGAAACCGUCUCGAAUUUUGCAAGUCUCUCUCCUUUCCUUCCGACUCUGUGCUGUUGUUCAGAAACAGUGGAAUCCAGAAUGUCGUCUCCAAUCAACUACAAGGUCACCAAGGGCACCAAGGUCAAGAAGAAGGCUGCCGCGCCCGCGACUCACACGAACGCCGCAAAGAAACCCCGCCGCUCGUUGAGGGUGAAGGGCAAGGACAAGGCUCUGUUAGAGUCUAUCAAAUCCGAUCGCGAAUCUGAUUGCAUGAACGGUCUGAACGAUUCGGAUUUCGACGAGCCCGAGUUUAGGGGCAAGGACGAGGGCAAAGGCAAAGGAAAGGCUCUAGUAGAGUCUCCUAAACUCGAUGACGACUCAGACUACCUGGACGACCUGGACGAUUCUGAUUUCUACGACUUCCAGUUCCAGGUUAAGGACAAUGUUAAGGGCAAGGCUACGCUCGAGUCCCUCGACCUUCGUGACGGCUCAAAUCAAAUGGAGGACUUGGACGAUUCUGAUCUUGAGGAGCUCGAUACAGACGAAGGCGCUGGCGAAUCUGAUCAUGAUUGCAUACCUACUGCCUUAGCACUAGCGCAUGCCUUAUCGUCCC